UGUAUAUUGUCUCAAAAUGUCGCGAGAGUGCGCGUUACAGAACCCAUUGUUUAUUAUCAAAAAGUGAUAAAUCAAAUGACUUUGCGAUUAUUUUCAGUACUUUGAUAUUGAUGCUGUGAACUGUUUCAAACUUGAGUGCAAGUGAAUUUAAAAAAUUUGUGGACUAAUUAAUUGGAAUGGGAAAAAUGCGCUCACAUGUACGGCGGCCAUAUUAGCGGGCGUGUAGUGUGAUGCGCCGAACGAACCCCGCCCACCAUGAGCUCCUUCCUCAUGAACGGUGGAUACCAGCCGCAGCCGGACCCCAAGUUCCCACCAUCGGAAGAGUACAGCCAAGCGGACUACAUACCGCCAGGGGAGUACUACCAGCACCAGCUUCAGUAUGGCUACCAGCAUCAGUACCCUGUUCAGAUCGGGACAGGGUAUGGAUACGGGGGGUACUACCACCCGAUACCGCAGCAUCCGCCUGUGGCUCCGCCACCGCGGCCGCCGGAGCCUUCCCAUCCUUCAGACGCUGAUCACGGCUACAUUCCACCACACAGUGACGUCGCUCCCGGUCUAGCUGAACUAGGCUUACGGUUAGAGAGGCAUAUUGAAGAAGCUGCCCCUGCAGGGAGAAAGCUCCAAGCAUUAGGUCGGGAAGGCUCCCCUGUAUCUGAAAUGGAUGAUGAAAGACUACUCCUAGAUAGUCCGCCGAUGGAAGACGAUGACUCUUCAAUAUGUUCGGAUAACACAGAUCGGGUCAUCUAUCCUUGGAUGAAGAAGAUACAUGUUGCUGGCGCGUCGAACGGAACCUUUCAACCUGGAAUGGAGCCAAAACGGCAGCGGACGGCGUACACUAGACACCAAAUAUUAGAAUUGGAGAAAGAAUUUCACUACAAUCGAUACCUUACUAGGAGAAGAAGGAUAGAAAUAGCGCACACUCUAGUCUUAUCUGAACGACAAAUCAAAAUUUGGUUUCAAAACAGACGGAUGAAAUGGAAGAAAGACAAUAAACUGCCGAAUACCAAAAACGUGAGGAGAAAAACUAAUCCCGCUGGUAUCACGACGACGACAACGAAAGGAAACACACCAAAGAGUAGAUCGAAUAAGAACACAAACAAUAAUGACAAGAAGAAGUCCAAUAACAACGGAAGACCGGACAGUAUAGAGAAUGUAACGGACAAUAUAAUGAACGAUUUGCACUGUGUGGGGGCGCAGAACAUGUCGCACGAUUCCGUGAUCAGCCCGAUGUCACACCCGGGGCAGAUGAACCACGGGCACUCGAUGACGCCGCACCACCUGCACAUGAUGGGCAUGCACGCCGGCAUGGACCCCGCGCUGGUGGCCAGCCUGUCGGCGCACAGCUCGCCGGUCGGCAACGCCGGCUGCGGGACCGGCGUCUCCAACCCUCCCCCCGUUAUCAAAUCCGACUACGGUCUCACCGCCUUAUAAUCUUUAGAAUUGUAAAGAAAAUGAUAUAUUUUUCAUUAACAAAUUUUCUUUAACUCUUACCAUUCCCGCGUGUUGAUAAUUUGUAAAGUGAUUAUUUAUAAUUUAAGAUUUGUAAUAAGUUGUGUAAUUAAUCCUAGCGUAACCAGUCAUUAAUUGAAUGUUUGAAUAGUUAAGAGGAAAACUUUACAAUGUCAAAAGUGUGAUUAUUUUAGGGUAGGCAUAGAAUCUCAUGAGUGUUGAUUUUUGUACUUUUCUCUUCAAGUCAUUGUCAUCUUUAAUUUAUGUCUAUUUUGUCUUGUAUCUAAUGUGUUUUGCAUUAAAAGUAGUUAUAAUAAAUAAAAUGUAUUCACUAAUGUUAUAAACUGUGUACCUAAUUCAUUAUUUUAUUGUAAGCAUUAUAUUUUCUUAUAUUAAAAAAGAGCCUAUAAGUGUUGCGGUCAUAAUAAAAAAAUGUACCAAUUUUAUUUUUAAUUCAAUUUGCUUUGGAACCAGUAUUAUACUUAAAUGAAAUACAAAUAUAACAGUAUUGACUAUUUGU